CUCAUCUUCCCCCUCUCCCACACACACUUCACAGACGCCCAAUCUUCAGCGAGCAAAGCCCAGUUUACUUCAACUCCACCCCAUACAUCAACACAGUCCACCAAAAUGCCACUCUUCGGCUCCCGCAACCCCGACCCCCCAACAACAGCCACAACUCAAAAGACAACCUCAACUUCUCCCCCUGCCCGCAACCGCUCCAUCUUCUCCCGUCGUCGCUCCUCAUCCCCUUCCCUGAACUCCCCAACCACUACGACGCAGUCACACUCCCCAAAAAGGCAUUCUGGACUCCUGCACAGGCAUGCAGAGGAUGCUUCUAUCAUUGCUGCCCGCGAGCGCGUGAUGUCUGCGGAAACUGCGGAGCGGGAGGCUGACCGCGCGUUGUUUGCAGCAAAGGCGGCUGUAAGGGAAGCUAGGGAACAUGUAAAAAGAUUGGAGAGGGAGGCUGCUGAGGAAGCGCGUCUUGCGAAGAUUAAGCAGAACCAAGCUAAGGCUAUUGGAAAGCGUGGGAAGGCUCUUGGUCGCCAUGACCACUCAGUUUAAACGACCUCUAACAUUAACAUCAGCCUUCGUAGCUGUACAUCUCGGCAAUGGGCGUAAAGGACUCACUUCAACAUUCUCAUGCCACCAUUUGCGUAACCCCGCCGUCAAUGUCGACAUGAACAAUCAACACCAUAUGUACUACCACCACUACCAAAUACGAUUCAGGAAAGAGUUUCUGCGUUUCCGAAAGAGGACAUGCACCUGUGAUGUGCUCAAUACCCAACAUCUUCUUUCCUCUCAAACUUGCUUUGUUUUCCCCUUUUUUUAGGGCUGCAAUUUUCUAUAGUGCUCACUGAAGCUUUAAACCUUCAUAAUCCAUUAGUGUUGCCCUGAACGGUUUAAGCGUUAGGUGCAAGCGAGUUAUCAG